AAGUGAUUUAUAGUUCAUCGUCAUUCAGUCAUUCAGGAAAAUUCAAAAUGGCGUCCGAAACAGACGAACAAGCUAAAAGCAAUAGUUCAUUGUAUGACGGGAUUAAUGAUUCCGAACAAUAUGUGUUUCAAUUUGAUGAUGAAAAAUAUAAACUAGGAGACUUCGAAGAUGAGAAGAAUUUACCGACAGUGGUCAGAUUUGAAGAUACACAAGGGGACGUAACUCCUGGAAUAAAAAUCUACGCUGAAACCCCUGUUCUAUUCUUCACGAGAAGGUCUCAGAAACAAGCAUCAGUGAGAACAAUUUAUAGAGAUAAUUCUGGAGCUUUCUUUGAAGUUGGACAGACCCUGAUCAUUCCUGAAGACUACCAAGGCUGGUUUGAAGUGGUACCAUCAGAUUUUACCAGAGCAUCGUGUUAUAAAUCUAUAGCCGAAUUGGCUGAAUCUAUGCCAAGGAAAUUUUUCACAAGGUCUAAUAUCAAAGCUAUUCGAGUAAUAACCAACGAAAAUGGUGAAGAGCAAUAUCUGGAACGAAAAAUUCCAGCUGGGUCGAUCCUAAAGACUGAUAGCAUUUUUACAGCUAAGUGGAAAACGGAAGCUGAAACUGGACUGUUUAAAAAGAAAAGUUCCCAGUGGACGACCUAUGAAGUGAAAUAUCUCAAUUGCAUAACAACCACGGACCAAAAAGAGAUUCUUAUUCCUCUUACUACCAAGGGUAAAUUUAACGCCGUGUAUGAACGUGGAAAAUUGGACUGUAACUCCGUUUACACCAUGAAAGACAUCCUCAGUGAUUUGUCUCUCCCAGUUCGAGUUCGAUUAUUGUUUGGUAAAGCGCCAGUGGUUCCUUGCAUUUUCACAGGAAUGCUCAACGUCAGAUCUUUUAAAACCGAGCAAAAAAUAAUUGCCAGCACGGUUCUUAAUAAACGUAAUGUCUUAUUUGAAGUUCCAAUAGGUCUAGGGUGUAGUGUUCAAGUAUCCAAUAAUUUGGAAGAAUGUUGUGAUUUAGACACGUAUAGAGAUGGCGUAAAAUUAUGCCAAAAAUAUGCCCAUAUGUACAGUACCAUGAUCAAAUUAUCGCCAAAAAUGGACACGAACAGUCAGGUGAUGCAACAUAUUCCCACAGAUCCAUCCUAUAUGAAAACGGUUGAUGAUGCAUUAAAAGCAUUGGAUUUGAUAACUGACAUAAGUCUCACUGAGGAACCUAAAGAUCAUUUAAUGGAGUCGUCAUCCGAUACAGAUUCAUUGCGGAGUGAUCAGCCGACAAUCCCACGUGGGACCUUAAUGAACCUUACCAGAGACACAUCACAAUCAACUGCUUAGCGUUCUGUUACAGUAAAUUUACGGUGAUAUUUACUUGCAUAAUAUAAAGUAUGAUUCUGACCACAAACAAACUUCAUAGCUAGUAAAGCAACUUCAUAGUUUGUACGGCAACUUCAUAGUUUGUGCAACAACUGCAUAGUUUGUACAACAACUUCAUAGUUUUACAAAGUCUUCAUUCUUUGUUCAUAAACCUCCUGGUUUAUUCAAUCUCCAGAUUAAGAUUUGAUAUUAUUUAUUUCAUGUCCACUAUAUUAUUUGCAUAAUAUUAUAUGUAUAUGAUUUUGUUACACCUAUAUCAUUAUUAUUGUCAUUAUUGGUCAGCCUAUUGACGUGACAUUUAGAGUGGUCCAUUUAAAAACAUAUACAUUGAUAUAUUUUACAUCAACUAUAUCCGUAUUCUUUUCAUAUCAUUGUACAACAAUCCUUUAGAGUGAUUUAUUGAACAAAAUAUAUUAAACUUUAUAACAUGAACUAUAUCGACAUUCAUAUAAUAUUAGUGUACAACAAUCGUUUAGAGUGGUUCAUUGAAAAAAUAAAUAUUUAUGUGUUUUACAUCAACUUACGUUAUAACGUCAUAAUACACCAUUUUUAUAUUGAAUGGUUCAUUUUUGUCAACUAUAUCAGCAUCAAAUUUAACCCUAAAAAUAUCCGUAUAUCAUUCUGUUUGAUGCAAAUUCAAUAAAAAUAUAUUGACAGUUAGAAUUGGUAUAUUGUGGUCAAGGUCAGUUAGCAUUGUGUUUUGAUGUUUAAAAUGAUAAAAUAUAUAUUGUUUUAUGUACACAUCUUGAAUAAAACGAUAAAUCAUCAUUCU